AUGACUGAGCUUGACACAUCCGAGAGCCACUUGGGACAAGCAAAAUAUCACUACAUUUCUGUGGAAUCUGGAAUAGAAAAGGAUACAGCCACUGCCUGGACGACCUGGGACUUGGACGCCGUCAAAGAUUGUACCAACUCUUACCUCGACCAGCCUGAAGUCAGUAGAACCGUGGAAGAGAUCGCCAUAUCCAUAGGAAGAACGAGCGAAGAUACCAUUGGGAGCGGCGCAUUUGACCCUUAUGUGACUGUAUUCAAAGACUUCUUGGAUAACGAAUUUGGGGAUGGGGAGGAAUUCACAAAACUCCUCCUCGGUGAACAUGAAAAGACACUGGAGCCAUCAAUGGACUUUGCGGAGCUCAUGGCCAGAACGGCCGCACUCCUCAACCAGCAAGAUUAUGUAACCGAUGAAGAGAAAUUGGAGGAACAAACAAGACUCCUUGGACGUGACCAUCCGACCACUAUUGAGACACUUGGUCGAGUUGCCGGUCAGCGUUGGAUGACAGCACGAUCAGCCGAGCCACAUGAGAAAGACCAUCAGCUCGACAAAGUGGCGUCUCUUUUUCGCGAGCUCAUCGCCCUUCGACGGGAUGUCAACGGAACUCAGGACGAACAACUUUUCAAUGAGAUGGCCGUGCUAGGCUCCAUUUACCGUAAUCGGAAACAAUGGAAUAAGGCUAUCGAAGUUUACGGGAAAUUGGCCAUACUUCAGAAAAAGAUGUAUGGAGAACAGUGUAAACAAGUUGUCGGUACCUUCCAUCACCUCGGCACUUGUCUUGGAGUGGUCGGUAAUUUAAAGGGGGCGGCCGAUAUUGCAGACGAGGGUAUUGAAAUCACCAAAAAUAUCAAGUACGAUCAAGAUCCUAUGUAUCUCACAUCUUUACAGGGGAUAAAACUGCUCCAUGGUAUUGUAUAUGGGGGAAAUCCUGAAGGAGAGUUUGCUCUUUUCGCCAGUUUCGAUAUGUAA